AUGCGUUUCCACAUAGCCAUCCUUCUGGGCGUGGCCUACUUGGCCACUGCUGCUCCGUUUUCGAAUGUGUCGACUUCCCCUCUUCCGGAUGGAAUGCCUAAUCCAAGCCCCAGUGAUCUGGAGACCAUUGAGCUGGAUUCACACGGAACUCUUCCAAAUGGUCCUCCUCCCCCUGGUAUCAGCGAAGGAGGGAUCGUCAACCUCAAGCUCAUCGCAUUCAACGAACUCUUUGAAGUUGCCUUUUUCCAUCAACUGAUCACAAACAUCACCGACAAGGUCUCGGGUUAUCGCUUUACUGAUGAAGAGGAUUAUGACUAUGUUUUGGAUGGGUUGCACGCCAUCCUGGCUCAAGAGGAGCUCCAUGUUCUCGACGCCAACAACGCCUUGGCCCAUUUUGGGUUUGACCCAAUCCAGCCUUGUCAAUACACUUUCCCCGUCCAUGACUUCGACUCCGCCCUUGUUCUCGCCACCACCUUCACAGAUGUGGUUCUGGGUACUCUGCAGGACGUCGUGGAGAGAUUCGCUCUCGGUGGUGACUUUGCGCUGACACGCGCGGUUGCCUCAAUUAUCGGCCAGGAGGGAGAGCAGCAGGGAUGGUUCCGCAUCAUGCAGGGCAAGAUCCCUAGUGAACUGCCCUUCUUGACGACUAGUGAUCUCAAUUUUGCCUUCACUGCCAUUCAGAGCUUCGUCGUGCCCGGCACUUGCCCCAAUAUUAACUCCAUUCCGCUCAAAACCUUUGCACCUCUCGAUUUCAUCAUACCACCCACCGCAGAGACCAGAGGCAUCAAGUUUUCCUUUUCCGUCGACGAUCACGACAAGAUUGAUCGAGAUAUGCUGUGGCUCACCUACAUCAAUCAGCAGAAUAAGCCAAUCGUGGAGCCUCUCCACAUCAUCGCGGAGAACCACACAAUUACUGCAAAGGCUUUGUUCCCCUAUGAGGCACAUCAAAUGAACGGGCUAACCAUCGCUGCGGUGACCACAUCCCAGGGACCAUUCCCAAAUGCAUACAGUGUGGCAAAUGAAACUGUCGCUGGACCUGGUCUUUUCAUCCUCAAGUAG